AUGGGACCUUUUUAUCAUAUCCAGGACAUGGCCACAAAUGAGGAUCAUUACGACACAAGUUUCCGCGGAGUGAAACGGAAUACAGUACUUGCCCGAGCCGGGCAAGGAACUAGAAAACAAUUUCAAGAACUACAGUGCCAUUUCGCGGUGAGUAUGGCCCGCUUUGAUGCGAUUAAGAAUACAGAAACCAGAAACCCCAGGAAUUCGAACCUUGUGAGCAUUUUGGAUUCUAUAGGAUUAUAUUUCGGACCAAAUUAUUUCCAGGAAUUGCACAGGACCAGCGUUUUCAUUUUGGAUCGAGCAUUCUGCUUUUCUCAGUUUGCAUUCCCUAUGGACACGGAACUUCGUGCAAUCCAAUUUGAUUGCUAUCGCAGCCGCGAAAAAAGAGGACACAACAACAAGUUACACAAACCUGUGAACACAUGGUCUGCCACAUGGAUUUUUGGAACCUUGUUCUUUCAGCUUCACUGCCAUGAGGAUUUUGAUCUUGUCUUUUUGAGUUUGGACCUGCGAACCUGA